AUGGACAUUCAGACCGAUACAUCCAGUUGCAGCGAAAUCAGUUCAUCACCUCGAACUGGAUCACAGAGGUGGGCGUGUCCGCGGCGGCGGGGCAGCGACUUCCUGCGCUCCGCUACUGUUCCGCGCAGAGCCUCUUUCCGCGCCCGACGCCCUGGCGCCGCGCCGCGCCGCCCCCGCUGCUGCGCCUGGGCCCCUUCGGCUGGCGUCGCUGCUGCCCCCGCGGCGGCGGCCGGCGGCGGCCCCGCCCCCCACUGCCGCCCGCCGCGGCGCGCCGCCGCCUCGCUGCGCGCCGCUCGCCCCCUCGACCACCCCGCCCCCGCCUACCCGGCGCACCCCUCCGAGAUGGAGACCCUCGUCAGCAACCUGGGCACCUCCAAGCACGGCCACCUCUGCAUCUACUGCGGCAAGAUCUACUCCCGCAAGUACGGCCUCAAGAUACACAUCAGAACGCAUACAGGAUAUAAACCUUUGAAAUGCAAAUACUGUCUCCGGCCGUUUGGUGACCCCAGCAACCUCAACAAACAUAUUCGUCUACAUGCAGAAGGUGAGACCCCUUACAAAUGUGACUUCUGUGGGAAAGUAUUAGUUCGUCGUCGUGAUCUCGACAGACACAUCCGAUCAAGGCACUCUCUUAAUCCUGAAGAUCAAGACACAAGUGAAAAUCUUUCUGAUGAUCAGCAAGAAUCAUCAUUAAAUAUUUUGUGACGAAUUUAAAGGAAUUCAACAAUACAAUACAUUGUUACAAAUAAU